AUGAGUGGAGGAUUAGCUAUGUUUUGGAGGGAUACAAACCUCGCCAGUCUAAUUGGUUAUUCUAAUAAUCAUAUAGAUGUUAUUGUUUCUCUUCCUGACAAGCCACAAUGGAGGUUAACGGGGUUCUAUGGUUACCCUGAAAGAUCGAGACGCCAUCAAUCAUGGGAUUUGUUACGUACCCUUAGUAGUGUCAGCAACCUGCCGUGGAUGGUUGUAGGUGAUUUCAACGAUAUUGCUUGCCAUUCCGAAAAACGUGGGCUUCACCUGCAUCCAGGUUCACUGAUUGAAGGCUUUACUGCUGCAUUGCAUGAAUGUCAUCUGAAUGAUCUGGGAAUGGUUGGACCACGGUUCACCUGGGAGAGAGGGCGAGGAACAGAUACGUGGGUGGAGGAACGGUUAGACCGAGCGGUGGCUUCUUUGACAUGGACAGACAUCUUUGAAGAAGUUGAAGUUCGUAAUGUUUUAGCACUUACUUCUAACCAUUGCGCAAUUUUUCUCGAUCUGGAGGCUAUUCCAUUGUGGAAAUGGGGUGGCGAAUAUUUUCGGAGGUUUGGUGAUCGUGUUAACUUCCUGCGCAGGCGGCUUGAGUUUCUACGCGAUUAUAGAAGUCCUGUGGCUGUUAAUGAAUAUAAAAUGAUUGAGAGCGAGCUCUGUGCACUACUACUACAGGAGGAGAUUUUUUGGCGCCAAAGGUCUAAGCAACUUUGGUUAAAGCAUGGCGACCUUAAUACAAAAAUUUUUCACCAAUCCGCUUCGGCUCGGAGACGCCACAAUCGGCUUACGAGGCUUCGUAACUCAGCUGGUGUAUGGGUGGAGGGUCAAAGUAUGGCUGGAGAGGUUCUGCAUUAUUUUCAAGACAUCUUCAGCAGCAGUGGGACGAGUGUGAACUUAUUUAAUAGGGUUCAGACGCGUGUUACUGAGGCUAUGAAUACUAAACUGCUGCAACCUUUCACUAUGGAGGAAAUCAAAACUGCUCUCUUCGCGAUGGCUCCAGAAAAGGCUCCGGGACCUGACGAAAAGGCUCCUGAGCGUGUUACAGAUUUACGGCCAAUUGCUUUAUGCAAUGUCGCCUACAAAGUCAUGGCAAAGGUUAUUGCUAACCGUAUGAAGGAUGUUCUAGACUACAUUAUCUCCCCAUCGCAGAGCGCCUUUGUUCCAGACAGACUACUGACUGAUAAUAUCAUAGUAGCGGGAGAAGUGGGCCAUUACUUGAGAGUGAAAAAGAACGGAGCUGUGGGUUGGGCCGCCUUGAAACUGGACAUGGCGAAGUCCUAUGAUAGAAUGGAGUGGCAAUUUUUGGAAGGCAUGAUGCUUGCACUAGGUUUCGCACAGGAGUGGGUAAAUUUAAUAAUGCUUUGUGUUUCUUCAGUCCGGUACAGUUUAUUAGUUAACGGGGAACCGAUUGGUAUGAUAAAUCCAACAAGAGGUAUUCGUCAAGGUGAUCCUCUCUCUCCCUAUCUGUUCAUUAUUUGUGCAGAUGGUCUUUCUGUGCUAUUACAAAAAGCGGAGGCAAGAGGUGAUAUUCAUGGGGUGAAAGUUGCAAGAGGUGCACCUUCGGUCUCGCACCUCUUCUUUGCGGACGACAGUCUCCUGUUCUUUAAAGCUUGUCAUCAUGAGGCACAGACGAUUAAACAGUGCUUGGCUGAGUACAGUUCGGCUUCAGGCCAACUGGUCAAUUUUGAUAAAUCAAGUAUUAUUUUUAGUUCUAAUACUUCUACGGAGAUGAGGGAGUUGGUGGAAUCAAAUUUUGGUGUACGUGUUACAAAUGACUUUGGUCGCUAUUUAGGCUUACCUUCAGUGAUGGGAAAUAAUAAGACAACUAUCUGUUGGCAAAUGGAGUUGGCAGCAGCCACAAAUUAG